AUGAAUUGGGUGUCAGGCAAAUUUGUGUAAAAGUAAAUAAUGAACUUUUUUAAACCAUAAAGUACCCUAAACGCUUUACAAAUGCGAUUGAAAACUGGCUUUUAAUAAAAUUGAUUUAGAUGUUAAAAAUGAAUAUUCUCCUAAAUCUACCUACGCCUAUGUCAAACGUGUACCCCAUGCAUGCAUUUACAACAGUGCGUGCUUUGAAAGCAGUUUGGAACAAACUUUACAUCUGCAUGUACGCGAACACAACAUUGUGUAACUUUCACGAAAAAAUAUUAAUAAAAGAUAAAACUAUAUUAAAAAACAUUAAUAAUCAACGAUUUUACAAUGGAUUGGAUAUAAUUAAUUAAUAGUUUAAUACACUACGACAUGAUUUAGUGUACGUGAAAGAUUUUCGAAAAUGGUGGAUGGUUGAAAAACUUUGUGGACAAAAUGUAAUGGACUUUCACGUGUUUUUGUGAUGGAUGUAAAAUAGUUUUAUUAAAUUCAUUGUUUUACCAACACGUUUGAUUUGUACCCAAAAAAGUGUUUUUUUACAAAAUGGUUUGAAUUAAAAUUGUUUUUGUGUAUUAUUUAUGCAGUUCGUAAAUUUUCGUAAGAAAUGGGGAUUUCUUUGAGGUGUAGAAGAUAUUUAUUGUUUUCAUACAUCGUGGUCUUGGCGCUUCUGGGAGUCGGCAUAACCCUAUGUGCAGGUUACCUUCUCCUAGACGUCUACUCCUUGUCCCAUGGCCUGGUUCUACAUUCCUCGGCAUGGUCGCCGAUGGCCGCACUUUGCUGUUGCGGAGUCGCCGCAAUUUUCUUCGCCUGGUACGGAUGGGGAGCCACCAGCAAAAGGAAAAUUAGCAAAUUGAAUAUGUUGACAUGGAUGCUGAUCUUCCUGGCCGGUGCCCUGUUUGCUACCUGUGGAGUCUCCUUAGCCUUCCGCCACACCGUCGGCGACCGCUCCACGGAACAUAUAGAAAUAUCUUUAACCAGAAGAUCCGGACGAGGAGUUUCCUGGUCCUGCUGCUCCGCUGCGCCUGGUGGAGAGCAUAUUUCUACACCGUUUGGAUCUUCUUGUGCCUCGGUGUACCAGAGGGGAUGUUUAGAUGUACUGAUAGAUUCAGUGAGGUUGCUGCUGGUUUAUUCGGCGGGCGCAGCAUUGGUUAGUGGACUCGUUGUGGGAGCAGGAUUGUUUUGUGUGUGCCAAUUAUCGGGAAAACUGAAAAGCUUGGCUAAAGUGCCGCCAGUUUCGUAUAAACCUGGAUCAGGAAGGACCAGGACAGAAGUGUCAGCGAGACGAUUUUCUGAUGUAGAUACUAUAGAUAAAGUUUAG